ACAAGAUCUUGCACAAGGGACUCCCCACAUCUGUUCUCUCCGGCUGGCUGAGGAAGGGAGCCAUGGGGCCUCUGCACCUGUUUCUCCUGCUACUGAUCACAGAGUUGUCCCGAGCCCUCAACACAACAGUGCUGCAGGGUGUGGCUGGCCGGUCCCUGCGGGUAUCAUGUACUUACGACUCCUUGAAGCACUGGGGGAGACGCAAGGCUUGGUGUCGCCAGCUGGCUGAGGACGGCCCAUGUGAGCGUGUGGUGAGCACACACAGCGUGUGGUUGUUGGCCUUCCUGAGGAAACGGAAUGGGAGCACGGUCAUCACGGAUGACACCCUGGCUGGAACCCUCACUGUCACUCUGCGAAACCUCCAAGCCGGUGACGCGGGUCUCUACCAGUGUCAGAGUCUCCGAGGUCAAGAGGCUGAUGUUCUCCAGAAGGUCCUGGUGAAGGUACUGGCAGACCCUCUAGAUGACCAAGAUGCUGGAGAUCUCUGGGUCUCUGAGGAAUCAGAGAGUAUUGAGGGUGCCCAAGUGGAACACAGCACCUCCAGGAGCCAAUCAGGAGAGACCUCCUUCCCACCCACUUCCAUUCUCCUCCUCCUGGUCUGUGUGGUCUUCAGCAAGCUUCUUACAGCUAGCGUCCUCUGGGCUAUGGCCAGGGGCAGGCAGAAGCUGGGGUCACCUGUGGCCAGUGAGCUGGACUGCAGCUGCGAAGCUGGGCACCAACUUCAGAUCUUGACUGGACCCAGAGAUGCGUGAGAGAACUUCAAGUUGGAGAAGCCCCCCUGGAGUCCAUCCACGGGUCAUCCAGUUUGGGUUCUCUGCCCACUGGCACCAAGAAUUCUGCUUCUGCUAGCUUGGCUUCAGAGGCUACUUCUGCCUAAACCCAGUCUCUCCUAGAAGCAGGAAUAAUCAUGCCAAA